AAAUAGCAAUCGUCUUAAGGGCUGACCAAACAGUACAGUUGGAGUAAUAAUCAUCCUUUUUCUCGCUGCUGCUCCCGUAGCUGUAGUUCGCGAUAACUUCUAGGAGCUCAGGAAUCUUGGUCGCAUUUGACCCGCUUACCCCUGAACAUACGAUGCCACCAGGAGGUGACGACGCAGCGUACAGCGCACCGAUAUUCUCCCAAAAUGGAACCGCACAUCGCAGUCGCAAAUUUGGCUGGACGCGGUACUUCCACCGCAACAGUUACCACGGGGCUCUGCUGUUCAACGUGGGCGCUUUCGUCCUACCAGCCUUGUACGGCACGCUCGUCAAGCUAUGGGUGGCUGACAUCGACUCUUCCUUCGUCGCCACGACCGACGUGUACACCUACAUCGGCGUGGUCGCCGAGGUGCUCAACGAAGGGCUGCCCCGUGCCGCGUGGGUGAUCAUCGGCGACAGGGCGUCGCGCUCGGCGGCGCAGCGCCUCGGCCUCACGCACACACUUAUCCUGUUCCAGGCCGUGCUGGGACUCCUCAUGAGCAUCGCCUUCUUCGGCGGCGCCGCCACCUUUGCCGAGGGGUUCGUGCCUGUCGAGGUCCGCGCCGCCAGCCUGACCUACAUCCGCAUCAGCGCCUUCUCGGCGCUGAGCUCCGCUAUCGAGACCGCCGUCGCCGCCGCCACGCGCGCGCUCGACAAACCCGACGUGCCCCUCCUCAUCAGCUCCGCCAAGUUCGCCAUCAACAUCGUCCUCGACGUCCUCCUCAUCUCGCGCUUCCACGUCGGCCGUCACCAGCCGUCGAUUAACCUGCAGGCCGGCAUCCAGCUCACCUGCAACAUGGCGGCCUCUUUGCUGGGGCUUGGCUACUUCCUCUGGGCGACUAGCUUGAAGUAUUGGCGUCGUCUGCAGACGGAGUCCGGGCAUUCGGAGCCCAACUCCGAUGGCCCACACGGCGUCGAGUUGAGCGGUCGAGAGACGAUCCGGCCUAGCUUCGAUGCUUUGAUGGUUCUGCUGCGGCCGGGGACCAUCACUCUUAUCGAAUCCGCCGUCCGCAAUGCCUUAUACCUUUGGUUGGUCACCACCAUUGUCGCGCUCGGGUCGACGUAUGCAACCGCCUGGGGAGUCUUCAACACGAUCCGGUGGGGAUUGGUGAUGGUGCCUGUUGCAUCACUAGAGGCGACGAGUCUGGCGUGGGUGGGCCACCGCUGGGGCGCCUGGCGCCACGAGCUUGGCGAGACGACGCGCAGACCCAGCGGCGUCGCGCUGGGGACGGUGCUGCGCAUCAUGAAGCCGGCCUUCGUUUCCCUGGCCAUCGCGUUGGCGGUCGAAGUCCCGCUCGCCAUCUUCCUCUCCUUCUGGGGCGCCCGACCCUUCGCCCGGUACCUCAGUGGGUCGGACGAGGUCGCCCAAGUCACGGCGUACAUGUGGCAAACCAUCGACUGGUGCUACAUCUUCUACGCGGCGUCGACGCAGUUAGCCACCGUCCUCCUCGCUACCCGGCCGAAAUGGUACCUUUACCAGAGCCUGGCGAGUAACCUCCUGUACGUCCUCCCCUGGGCGAUCGUGUGCCAGGUUAAGGACUUCAGCGAGCAUACGGCUUGGACGUACCACAGCCUUGUCUUCGGAGGAAGCCUGGUAUUUACCUUUGUCGACGUGCUUAUCGUAGACGCGCUAUGGGUGUGGACGUUGGUGACGGGCAGGGCGACGCUCGAGACAUUUCGUACGCGUUGAUCUUAAGCAAGUUGCUGUCCUGUACAGAUUAUCUAUCUCACUGGGAACUAUUCACGGUGAUCGAGUGCCUAAUAUGCAAGUACUGCCUAUGUGCGCACU